AUGUGCCACACUUCGGCAUACUUCGUCCGCUGCUCCACCUGCAAGCAAGACCUUGACCACAAGCUCGUCGUUGACGCCAAGUGCAAGAACAAGAUCCAUGGCAGGAUCAACUGCAGCAUCAUCUACCCGGUCAACAUGAACGUCGAGUGGGUUGACAUGACCCAUUGCCUCGUCUGCUACGCCAAGCGUGACAUGCUCAACACCCGCAUGCAGGCAACCAUUGAUGCUGAUGCUCAGGAGGCCAUUGACAACCCUACUAAGAGCGACAGUACCGAUAUUAUGAUCGGCAACCAGCUCCAGAACGACAUUGACAGUGUCGUCGAGAUGGAGAAGCCUGAGCGUAUCGCCAACUGGCUCCAGGGCCACCCUGACCUCUUGCUCGACGAGGUCUAUGACCACGACGAGGAUCUCGUUGUCGAGGGCGAGAUCGUUCCCGUUGUUCGCGGUCGUGGUGGUCGUGGCCGUGGCCGUGGUGCCCGAGGCCGUGGUCGUGGACGAAACUAG